CACGCGCUUUUCUCAGAUCUGCUGCAUCUGCAUUGGCACUAUUCUUCUUCCGUUUUCUCCAUUCACUUCUGAAGCAAAUCACGUUUCUGAUUUUCACUCAACAUCCCAAUAUGAAGAACUUGCUGUUAUAAUCAAAGGCUUCAGCUAUGGAGACUGAACUCAAAGACCUGAAUUCGAAUCCGCCUGAACUCGACAGUUCAGCAGAUCCGGACCCCGUCCACGAUGAGGCUUCGGCUAAGGACGACCGUCCCCUCCUCAAGCCGGACCCAACUUCCCACGUCUCUUCUGGCCACCUCGAAGACCUUGAGAAGAAAUUCGCUGCCUUUGUUAGAUAUGAUGCUUAUGGAAUCAUGGGACGCGGAGAGUUGCCGACGAGGGAGAAGCUCCUGCUUGGGCUGGCAUUGGUCACGCUGGUUCCAAUUAGGGUGGCCAUGUGCUUCGCCUUGUUAUUCACCUAUUACUUGAUAUGUAGGAUUUGCACGCUAUUCUACCCCCCGAAUCGAGAGGAAGAACAGGAACAUUAUGCGAACAUGGCUGGGCUUAGGAGGGCUCUGAUUAUUCAGAGUGGGAGAAGCAUCUCCAGGCUCAUUCUUUUUGUUCUUGGGUUUUAUUGGAUAAGCGAGACAUACCGGUUUCCGAAUACUGAUGACAAGCCUGCCACUGAGGCAGGCAAAGAUCAACCUAAAGAGAUGGAAGCACCCGGUGUGAUAAUAUCCAAUCAUGUGUCGUACUUGGAUAUUUUAUAUCACAUGUCUUCCUCCUUCCCAAGUUUUGUUGCUAAGAGAUCAGUGGCUAGACUUCCUCUAAUUGGUCUUAUCAGCAAGUGCCUUGGGUGUGUUUAUGUUCAGCGGGAGUCCAAGUCUUCAGACUUCAAGGGUGUUUCAGGUGUUGUCACAGAAAGAAUUCAAGAAGCUCACCGUAACAAGUCUGCCCCAAUUAUGAUGCUAUUUCCAGAAGGUACAACCACAAAUGGGGACUUUCUCCUUCCAUUCAAGACUGGCAGUUUUUUGGCAAGUGUACCUGUGCUUCCUGUAAUUUUAAGAUACCCUUACCAGAGAUUCAGUCCUGCCUGGGAUUCCAUAUCCGGGGUGCGCCAUGUAAUUUUACUUCUCUGUCAGUUUGUGAAUUAUAUGGAAGUGACAAGGUUACCUGUUUACUACCCCUCACAGCAAGAGAAGGAUGACCCCAAACUAUAUGCUAAUAAUGUUAGACGGUUGAUGGCUGGUGAGGGUAACUUGAUACUUUCAGAUAUUGGGCUAGCAGAAAAGCGGAUAUAUCAUUCUUCUCUGAAUGGUUUAUAAUGCAAUUGCUAAUACGGAUUGGGGGUCUGUAUAUUCCUUGUAUGGUUCUACCUCUACAGGAAAAAAAAAUGAAGAAAUUAAAGAAAAUAUAGAAAAGCCUGUGCAGCACAAGCAUUCAUAUAAUAUUUGUCUGAUUAUAGGUACUUACUCUGGGCUUUGUUGCAAUUUUCAAAGCAGAGGCCUUUUAUUUAUUUAUAAAAGUUUUACGGGCGAUCAUGAAAUCCUCUGCAGUGAGCUGGUUCAGAAUACCAUUGCUGAUUCUGUUUAUUUGAUGUAAUGCUUGCGGAAAACAAGGUUAGGUUGUAAGUUGUAACGUGCUAAAGAAAUUAAUCUUGGACAGGUGCUGACUAGCUAGCAGCUUUCAACAUUUUGUGGAGGACCCAUAUAACCCGACAUGUACUUUUUUCCCUCCCGGCCGAAGCAUUAAGGUUCUGAAUUUGGAUUAAGUGAUU